UCCAUUGACUUAAGAAAAACAAACGAACUUUGAAUUAAAAAUGCCUUAAAAACACACUAGGGUCACUUGGACCGUAUUAAAAAAGUGCCAUUAACAAUGCGAGUAGAGCGCUAAUCAAAAUUAAGCUAAAUAUGGGCGGUGCCUGCCUUAACAAAAGUCAACAAACCAGCCAGCCAAAAGUCUAAUUGCAAUAAAAAGGCAAGAUGUCAAAUGAUGUGCAAAUUGCCCGAGUUACUAAAAUAAACGCAGAUGGAGUUCGACGGCAGCAACAGCCAAGCAAAGCUAUAACAAAGGGCGGCAGCGUUGGAAUUAUAAACGAUGAUGUGGAAUUUGUUUUUGGCAGCAUAUCUCCGCGACAACAUAGGCAUAUAGUCAGCUCCUAUGAGAUGGAGUCGCCGGAGCAUACCCAGCGCGAUACCACGGAGAGCGAUAAUAACAUAUCCAGCUGCUCCACGCUGGACAUUGUCAACAAAGUGGAACAGUUGUCGGUGCAGCAACUGGAGAAUCGAGUGCGCGAACUGACGCAGCGUCUGCAGCAAGCUGACCAACAGUUGGCCGAAAGUAAUGUGGAGCGUGAGCUUUGCCAUAAGCGCCUGGAAGUGGUCAGUCAGUCUCAUGAGUGUCGCAUAACGGAAAUGCAUUGCGUCAUUGCCGAGCUAAGUAAGAAGCUACGCAGCAAGCAGCAGCAUAUCAUUAUGGAGGAACUAGAGCCAGAGCUGGAAGUGGAGGGCAGUGAGCUGAGUUAUCAGGAAGGCUCGGUUUACAAUUCUGAACUGAAUUUGACCAAUGCGGAUGCCGAAGCUGACUGUCAGACUGAGAAUUUUCAGCAAUUCGAAGGCGCUUGCUCUAGCAGUGAGCAAGUGCAGCUGAAACCUGCAGUCAAUAUCAGCAAAGGACAGUUGGAGGCGCUACAGGAGGAAGUGCUGCAUUUACGGGCACAAAUUGCUCUGCUACAGGCCGAAUUGGCUACCAAGGAAAAGGACAAGGAUCAAGACUCGGCGCUGCAGGAGGAGCAAACAAAAGUAAUUUACUUUACUGGCAGCGAUAUGGGCAAUAACAGCGUCAGCAGUCCCGUCAAGCAGCAACUCAAUGAUCUAAACACCUGCGUUACAGCAAGUAGUCCGCAGCAGUGCGUCAAAGUUGCAGAACUGGUGAAGCUACGCUGCGCCAGCAAGCACAACGUCAAGUCGCCUCAACAGGACUAUCUGGAGUUUAACAAUGAGCACAUUGAUCUGGUAGAGCACUUGGACAGUCUAAUGGCUCCAGUGCAGCAGGAGAUGUCACGUCUGCAGCGCAAAGUGGAACAAUUGCAGCUGCAAAAUAAACUGCUAACGCUUACGCUAACUGAAUCCAAGCAGCAUGCCGAGCAGCUUUAUUUGCUGUGCGGCAAAUAUGAAUCCAAUGCAGUGGCAUUGCAAUUGGCUGUGAAUUGCAGCGAUCGGGCCAUUGAAGCCUACGAUGUCAUGUUGGCGCUGUUAGAAAGCAGGCUUGUGUUGCUUAGCGACAAAUCAGCAACGGCAACGGAAAGUCGUUGUGCCGUGGAAACAGUAGCGCAUCAUUUGCUGGCACGGCUGGAAAGCGAGCAGGACGUGUGCGAGCAGAGUUUCGGUCCUUGGCAACAUAACAUUAAACUUAAUGCAGCCAAUGCGCAGUGGAGCGCUGCCGAUGAGCAGCGUUUGCGAUAUCAUGUGUCCAAAUUGAAGGCACGACGCGCCACAGUGCAGCAGACUAUUGUUAAUCUAGAGUCACCGUUUAGCGAUGCCUACGAGCAAAAGCGUCUAGCACUAGAGCAAAGGCAAGAACUGGAGGUGCAAAAGCAAUCGCCGAUGGAGCUGGACACAGCUGUCAUUAUGCAGGAACUGCUCGAGCUGCGAGAACAUCAUGAACAGAUUAAAUCACAAAAGGAGCAGGCCGAACGAGAACAACAACAGGCACUGGAGCGUGUGAAUAUAUUGCAUGAGGCACUACAACAGCUGCAGGCUGCGAAUCGUGUAUCCUACUCGGAGGCAGAGCACGUAGCGCUCACCGAACAGCAACUGGUCGAAGCGCUCAGUCGCGAGACCGAACUUAAAUAUCGCAUUCAAACGCUGCUGAGCCUGAAUGCCACUCAAAAGGCAACCGACUCACAAAACCACCAACUGCAGCAAAAUUUGCGUGAACUGCAAAAAUCCAACAACAAUCUGACACAGCUGCUGGAGCAAAGCAAGCGCAAGUAUCAGCUGCGAAUUAAGAAGCUAGAGCAGCAACUGUCGCAGCAGCAACCACAACAACAACAGCAUGUUCCUGAAACCACACUGUAGGAGUUAGGAUUUAUAUUUAGUAAAACGCUUUCGCUAUGGUUCCUGCGCCUAACGCAGCUAUAUAUCACGCAUGUGCCAUACGACUAAUCAAGCUGUAUUAACUGCAAUUACAUAUACAUAAAUUUAUGAAAUAUCAAAUACAUAUACAUAUAUAAAGCGCUAAU